AUGUUUUUGAAACUCGUGGCGUUGCUCUUGCUGACCUGCGAGUCGCUGGCUGAUAUCCCUCCACUGUAUCGAUCGCGACCAUAUGACCUUGGAGCGUUCGAUCGAUGGCCUCACCAGCUGUAUCACUCCUCUAAUACUGUUGGACCUAUCCUAAACGUUCAUAAGGAAAAUGCGCAGUGUUACAAUGAGAGUAUUUACACCGUUGUGCCCUACUGGGGAAAACAGGUGAACAUCCCGGGAGUGAUGCUCCUUGAUGCAAAAGGGUAUCUCGCCUGGUAUACGACCGGGUAUGUCACAGCAGACAUACAAUCUUUUCGAGGAGAGGACUACAUUGUCUCACUAUCUGAAGACUCAAGUUAUUAUGCAUUGAUAAACUCCCGAUACGAGGAAGUGUACCAAAUCCGUUCAGGGAACGGCUGGCAGCUUGAUGCGCAUGAGUUAACUCUGAGUCUCUCAGGGACGGCACUUCUGGUUAUCAAUGGUGUCUUCGCGGUAAACCAAAUGACGUUUGAAGCACCACUAGGAGUCGAUUUCAUUCUGGAUGCAGGGUUCCAGGAGAUCGAAGUCAAGACAGGAGAGGUAUUAUUUGAAUGGCGAGCUUCAGAUCAUUAUAGCUUUGAGGAGUACUAUCAUUUCCAGCCCGGCGAUGGCAAAACCGAGAAAACUGCCCCAGAUUUAUUCCAUGUCAACAGCAUUGAGAAGGACGAUAUCGGCAAUUACCUCAUCUCCUGUCGAAUGAUGAGCUCCAUUGUCUACGUGGAUGGUCAAACAGGCGCUGUAAUCUGGAAGCUAGGAGGGAAAGCAAACAUGUUCAAAGACCUAUCCGGCGGGGCCGCAACAGACUUCAAUGGUCAGCACCAUGCCCGGUUCCACGAAAAUGGGAGGAUUGUUUCCAUUUUCGACAAUGGGAACUGCCCUGGUCGUCCUGUGACAGGUCCAACCCGUGGUUUAGCACUCGUUCUGGACACAGAGAAUAUGACUGUGCAGUUGCAGCAUGAAUACAUCAGCCCGAACAGUGUUCUCACCGACAACAGUGGAUCGAUGCAGAUAUUGGAUAGCGGCAAUGUGGUUCUAGGCUUUGGCCCGAACGCAAACUGGGCUGAAUAUGCCUCGAACGGAUCUCUGCUCUGCAAUGUUCAUCUGGGUCCCGAGACAUUCUUCAACAGUGGGGAAAUUCGUACCUACCGGAUCUCGAAGAGUCCCUGGGUUGGUCAUCCGCAGAGCACGCCUGAGAUUGCUGUGGAUGAUGGGCGAGUGUAUGUUAGUUGGAAUGGAGCCACGGAAGUGUCUAUGUGGUCUUUGAACGGAACCGAUAUUGACGGUGUCGGGGGAGAAUCGGUCUUCUUGGGGACAUUUCCGAAGGACGGCUUUGAGACUGAGAUAUCUGUUCCUGCCAACUCGACUGGUCGGUACUUUUUUGUCAGUGCCCUAGAUGGAGCCGGUCAAGUUCUCGGGUCAACCUCUGCAGUGCAGUGGCCUUCUAGGCCUAGACAUAGUAUUGUACACCAGGGGCUUUGA